AUGGUGAGAACACGGCCCCGCAACAAGACCAAACGCGUCGCCAUCAUAGACUACGGCUCGGACGGCGAGCCACCAGAAGAAGGCCACGAUGACCCAGAAGACGAAAAUUUCGAGGCGCCGCCGCCUGACCCGGAAGACGACGAGGACGACCGCAUGGACGUCGACGGGGGUGACGAUGAUUUUGAGGCAGAAGAUCCGUCCAACCUAGCCGUUGAUUGCCGUCCGCGCAGGAGAGGCGACGACGAUGAUGACGACGACGACGAGCGGCCUGCGUACACCAGCUCCGCCGGCAUCAGGAAACGCCCGGCGGACAUGGCGGCCCUCGACACCUACCACGCCGACGGCCGGCCCACGCGCUACUACACCGGCGAGCUGAAGCGGGGCCAGCGGAUCCAAGUGCUGGACUUUUUUUACGGGCCCGAGGAGGAGGCUGUCGGCGUCGCGAGUUGGUUGCUAAAUCGGUGGGCUGGGUAUGCGGUGCUGCCGAGCAAGUUGCCUGAUGGGCCCGCGCACCCGGUGCCGAGCCCGUGGCUUGGGGCGGGGUUUUACGAGGACCAGGAACGCGCUGCGAAGGGUUGGUUUGAGAGGUUGAAGGGUUCCAGAGGGGUGAGCGAGGGUGAGAGGGGGAUGAGCGCGGAGGAGGCUGAGGGGUACCGGUUGAAUCCGGGUGGUCACUUGGUUACCGUGAUUGGGCCGUAUCAAGACCAGCAGGAGGUUGAGAUUCCGCCGUACGAUAGCAUCGUGCUUGGCGAGAUGGGACAGCGCUUGACGCAAGGCGCCGGCGACGAGGAGAAGUCGGCUGGAUGGAUGUUUGAUGCCAGUGGCAUCGUCAUCGGCAUUGACUGGGUCCCGAGGACGGAGGGGGAAUCACAGGUUCUUUCACUUGCUGUUGUCCCGCAUACCGACCAGCAAUUGGGCUUCGAGGAAGCGUAUGAUGAGAAGAAGGGUGUCGUACAAUUGUGGGAGCUUCGCGGACAGAAAGACGGCGACGGCAUUACAAGACCCCUCGGGCGUCCUGCGUGCCUUGCGAGGACGAUUUGCGUCGAUUGGGGCAGGGUGAAGCGGCUCAAGUGGUGUCCGGUAUCGUUCAGAGAGGACGGCGCUUUGGGCCUACUUGCAAUACUCUGUGGCGAUGGGCAGGUCCACGUCGUCUCGGUCAAGGAUAUCGGCGACGGCGAAGAGGAUGCUUUCACAAAACUUGAACACUCAGUCGUGUCCCUCGGCCUCCCGUCAGAAACCAACGUGACAGCAACCUGCUUCGCCUGGGUCAACACCAAUCGCAUCGUCCUCGGCCAUUCAGACGGCUCGCUGACCCUCUGGUCCGUCUCCCCGCGCAUCUGCCUCGCGCGCCACGACGUCCACUCGACCUACGUGAUGCACAUUGACACGGCCUACCCCUCAGAACCCUACCUCGUGGCCUCGACCCCGAUCGCGGGCUACACCACGCUCGUCGACCUCUCCGACCCUUCCUGCGAGCGGACGAGCUUCCCCUGCUUCGCCAUCACCCCGCAGCCCAACCUCCUCCAGUGGAGCGACCACCUCCGCGGUUUCUUCACCGCCGUCCCCUCGGCGAACCCGCUCAACGCCUCCGUCGGCUUCGUGCACGCGCGGUGGUACGCGGCACAGGUGCGGAAAGUCAUGGACGGGGACCGGCUGCCGACGUGUCUCGCCGUGGGCGCGCGGCACCCGUUUGUGCUGGUCGGGUAUACGGACGGGACAGUGUGGGCGGCGAACCCGUCGAAUCGCAUCUUUGCUUCAAAGCAUCAUUUCGGGCACAAGAUGAAGAUCCUCGACCAUCAGCAUAUCCCGCGCGAGAGGCUUAGCGGGGAGAUGGUGGUGGCGGCUGGGCUGGAGGGCGGGAGUCAAGCGGAUCGUUGCCGCGGGGCUUCGAGGGUAUUGCAGGGCUUCGGGCCGGUGCCCAACGUCAAUCCCAAGGUGGACACGUGGAAGACAAAGGUCGCGAUCAACAAGAAGAAGGACAAGAAGAAGAAGGCAAAAGGCAAGGCAAAGGGGAAAGGAAAGGGCGGCGCGGGGGGGGCGGCGGCGGCGGAUGCGGGGGAGGAGGACGAUGCGGAUGUGCAGGGCGGCCAGGAGGAGGGGGACGGGCACUUUGCGGACCCCAAGCGCGCCGUCCUUUCGGAGCCGUUGACGCGGAUCACAACAAUGGCGUGGAACCCGAACGGGGAUUAUUCGUGCUGGGCGGCGGUCGCGAUGGCGUCGGGUCUGGUCAGGGUCAUGGAUUUGGGAUUGGAAUGCUAG